AUGUUCGGUCGUGUUUCUCUUGCAUUCAUUUUAAUUUCUAUAGCUGCGAUCUUUUGUGCGCAGUCUGCGGAUGCCGCCAAGGGCCCAAAAAUUACGCACAAGGUCUACUUCGAUAUCAAGCAUGGUGAGAAGGAACUAGGCCGAGUCGUCAUCGGUCUUUACGGUGGGACCGUUCCCAAGACAGUCGAGAAUUUCCGUGCACUUGCAACUGGUGUCGACAAGGAUGGUCAAGAACUUGGUUAUGGUUACAAGGGCUCCAAGUUCCACCGCGUUAUCAAGAACUUCAUGAUCCAGGGUGGUGACUUCACCCGUGGCGAUGGCACCGGUGGAAAGUCUAUCUACGGCGACCGUUUCAAGGAUGAGAACUUCAAGCUCAAGCACGCCGGACCCGGCACUCUUUCCAUGGCUAAUGCAGGCAAGGACACCAACGGGUCUCAAUUCUUCAUCUGCACUGUUGUCACCAGCUGGCUGGACGGUAAACACGUCGUCUUCGGAAAAGUCAUAGAGGGAAUGGACAUUGUAUACGCUAUCGAGGACGUUGCUAAGGGUCGCAACGAUCGCCCAGUGGAGGAUGUCACCAUCUCCGACUCUGGAGAGCUGCCAGUGGAGUCAGUUGUGGAUGAGGAAGGAAAAGAGGUACCCCUACACGCUGAGCUAUGA